AUGCCAGCUCCUGUAAUAAAGAUUGCUGUUGUUGGUCCACUUGCUAGUGGUAAAAGCUCAUUUAUAAAUUUUGCUACCGAAACACGCGAAAGUCUUACUGAAAGUUACAUUCCAACAGUUCCUGUACGGAUUAUCGAAUAUGAAGUUCCAUCAUCAACCCGAGGUAAAUCACAAAAUUAUAAUGUACAAAUCUAUGAUUGUAGUGGUGAUUCUAAAUUUGAACAUACAUGGGCAGCAAUGAGUUAUAAAUUAAAUGGUACAGUUUUUGUUUAUAAUCCUGAAGAUAAGAAACAAGCUGAAGAACUUAAUCUUUGGUAUAAUAAUUUUGCU